CUUAUUUUUGAAAAAAUUAUAUUAAAUAUUAGAGUAUAAUUGAGCACAACUUUUUCCAGAAAUGUCGGGCUAAUCUUGCUUAUCUUAUCUAUUUACUUUUCUUGUGAUGAUGGUAAAAUUGGUAAGAGCGAUGGGCGCUCAAAAUAAUAGCGCAUUCAUUAUAUGUUGCCUAGUGGCCACCAGAUAUUUUUAAAUGAUGUGCAUUCUAUUUUAAAUCUAAGUCACAUCGUUCUAAACCGCAAUAACGGAUGUUUUGGAUUAUUACAGCGACCACAACAAAAAUUUACGCAGUAUAUCGUGCUAAUUGUAAUAAACAAGAAUAAACAUUUUAAUCACACAUAAGACACAAUGUUUUACACAAUAAAAGUAGGAAAAUAAUAAUGGGUAAUGUGGUAUUGUUAUAACUUUUAUAUUGUAUAAAAAAUCGUUGAUAUGUAUUAAUGGGGCAUUACCCCGUUAUAUUAUGUAGCCUUAUGCGUGUAAAGUCAAACAAAGUUUUGAGAUAAGAGUUGUUUAUUUUGGGUUCUAUCUUUUACACAUUCCGAAUGUUUCAAUUCCGUAUACGUAAUAAAAAUAGUAAAUCUAUGUAAGUCUGACAGUAAAUUGACAUUACGUCACUCUUCCAUUAACAAUAAUUUUGAGAGAUGUCACUUGAAUUUCCCUCAAUUACAAAAUGAAUGCCAUAAACGAGGAUCUAUUGAAAUCACUCUCACAAGAUAUACGAAAAAUUAACGAAAUCAAUGACAACAUCGGCACAUAUUUAGAGGACAACUCCGAAAAUUCUACAUGGUUCUUAAGUUGUAAAGACGAAAAUGAAAUAUUAAACUUGCCUAAAGACAAGAAUAGAAAUCACGAAAGAUAUUUGUCUACUCUGGAACUAAUUAUAGAUAGGAUUUAUCUAUUUCUGAACUGUUUGCUAAGAUUCGUGGAGACCGAAUAUUUUGACAAAGAUCCUCUUGUAAAAUGUAAAUACGUAAUUAGACCAAAAAACUUGACAUUAGGAACCACAGUAAAACUACUGUGGCAGCAAUUAACCGAAAUUAAACCGAUAAUAAAGAAUAUCUAUAACGUACGUCCAGAUAGUCAAAUGUCACAAACUAAUACAAAAAAUCUGCAAACUGAUAUAUCAUCUUUUGAUGCUUGUUACACCUGCACGAACGUUAAUCAUUUUGUGAAGAAAAUCGUUGAGCUUUUUGAAAAACGUUUCGACAUUCCCGGAAUAACCCAAGAAAAGGAGAAUAUUCGUAAAAAUAUUUACAAUUUAACUCAACAUUCGUGCGUGGACAGAUUUCUGAAAGAGAUAGAAAAGAGCGUGGAAAAUAUUUGGGAAGAAAAUGAUUCACUUAAGUUGCAAAUACAUAAUCUAUCAUCAGAAUUGGAAAAUAAAGAGUUUGAAAGCACAUCCUUAGGAAGGGAACAUAAAAGACUUGAAAUUACGUGUGCAGAAUAUUGUGAAAAUGCACAAAAAGAUAAACAGAGGUACGACAAAUUGUAUCAGAGAUAUAACGAUUUGCACUUUAGAAAUCAUCAGUUGGAAAAAUGUUUGAGGUCGGAAUCGGAAAAACUAACCAGUGCAGAAACGCUUAUCUCUAAAGUUCAAGAAAACUAUCAAAUUCUUGAAACAAGAAAGAAUCAAUUAGAAAAAGAGUUAGAAGAUGCUCGAGUUACAACGAAAUCUUUAUACGCGGAGAAAGAUAUGUGGAAAAAGAGAUUUUUAGACGAGAAUAGUGAAAAUCAAAACUUGAAAAGAGAUAUCUCUAAUACUCAUGCAUCUGUUGUCGAAGUUAAGACUCAUUUGAACAAGGUCGACAUGGAUUAUCAAGCAUUGAAUGACUUAUUAACCAAAAGCACUUUUGAGUAUAAAAAUACUAUACAGCGAUACAAUACCAUUUUACAUAAAUUAAAGGAAGUAAUUGCUGCCAAACUUUCCAUCAAGAAGCAUCAAGAAGACAGCGUGGAUAGAGGGGACAGCAUUAACGUAGGCAUAAAAAUUGAGGGAAAUCCUUUAACUGAUAUGACUAAUCAAGUAAAAGCAAACGAGGUAUUGAUUGAAAAACUGCAAGAAAAGAACGACCAUCUUUUGAAAGUCAUAGGAAAUCUUAAAAAAAUGGAAAAACACUUGUGAUUUCGUUUUCAUUUUCGCAUUAAAUGGUUUUUAAAUUACCCUGUGACGAAUAGGAGUCGCAAUGAAUCGUGUUUUUCAGUUACUCCUUUAAAAGAAGUGCCGAAAUUCUAAAAUACUUCAAAUUGUACAUGAAAAACCUAAAUAUAUCUAUGUAUAUCUAACCACUUCGUCUA